GUGCUUUUGCCAUAGCGCAGUGUUGCGAGUAUGGCUGUUGUUAUUUUCGUUGAAAAAAUAAACAAAUGAUAGUAGUCAGAAAACGAUUUAAUUAUUUCGGAUAAUACUUCCUCGUUCUGAAUAAAACAGUUUGUGUUUUGUGGUACUUGAUCAAUUCUAAUGAUGUUAAAACGUCGAAAAAUUUUGGUGAUUUCAAUGCUAGGUUAGACAUGAAAAUACCUUUGCUUCGCGUGUGAUUCGUGUGUGAAAAUAAUUAUUGAAUCUCUAAUUAAUUUAUUAAUUGUUUAUGCCUGGUGUGAUUAGUGGUUUUGUAGUGUUAAAUUAUUAUUCGAAAUGUGUUGGAAUAGCUGUUUUGUGCUACUUUCUUUCGCAUCUCUGUUAAUGAAAGCCAAAGCUCAGUAUGCAGAAAACACACCCCCUUCUCUUUGGAUGGACGAUAGAAAUUGGAACAUUCGUGAAAACGAAACCAUUGGUACAAAAAUUUCACAAGCUCAUGGGGACGAUCCUGAAGGAGUAGUUUUAACCUAUGGGCUUGAACCUAUUGUAUUUUUCUUUGGUGGCAAGGAAGAAAAAUUACCAUUUAGGAUCGAUAACGAGACCGGCACUGUGUAUCUUAAUGAAAGUUUAACCGGAAGGGCAGGUGAAAACCUACAUCUGUACGUUACUGUGAGUGAUGGUCAACUUACUGCAAAAUCGGAAGUAAACGUAAACAUCUUAGCAGCGAACUCCCGUUUUAAUCCGUCUAUGCCCAUUAGACCACCUGCAAGAGGAUUCAUUAACUAUCCAGGAAUGAUUCCAAGACCCGGACAACCACCGCCCAUACCACCAAAUUUUCCAAAUAAUAAUCCAUCUGUGAUCAAUCCUCCCACAUUUAUACCAAAGCAACCCUAUUAUCACGAAACUAGAACACCCUUACCACCCUUCACCAAAAACACCAAUUCUAAUACUAAAUUAAAACCGGUGCGAAUAGAUGAUGUUAAAAACACUAUUAGCGAAAGAACCACAGAAACAACAACUACAACUACAGAAAAAAUCACUACUGAAAAAGUUAGUCAAAAUGAUGUUGAGUCUACAAAUGAAUUAUUAACGUCGGAUUUACCCAUACGAUCAGCUGAAGAAUUAUCUGGAACGAUAAUUCCAAUAGCCGCUGUGAUUGGAGUUUUUCUAACGGUUGGCGGUAUUGCAUUUGCGUUUAGAAGGAGGAUUUACAAUCCUAAACAGAAAGACAGUAAGGACGAUAUGCGAAAGGUAUCUUCCAAUGGAACAGCAGUAAAUGAAGAUCCAGGCUUUAAUAUGCAGGAAUGGAGAAGACCGAGAGCUUUUAGUAACCGGUACGAACCGUGGUAUACGGAUCAAGGUCGAAUACCAGUAGGGAAUCAAGCAUCGUCUCCAGUGAAAGAUGUCGACCGGUGGGAGUUUCCUAGACAUCGGCUGAAGUUUUUCAAUAUUUUAGGCGAGGGAGCUUUUGGCCAAGUUUGGAAAUGUGAGGCUUUGGAUAUGGAUGGAAACGAUACCGGAGUUGCAGUGGUGGCGGUAAAAACCCUAAAAGAAAACGCAAAUGAAAAGGAAAAGUCGGAUUUAUUGUCUGAACUUCAAGUGAUGAAGAUGCUUGAACCUCAUCCUAACGUAGUUAGAUUACUAGGUUGUUGCACAGACAAAGAACCCAUAUUUCUUAUAAUGGAAUACAUAAGUAAAGGAAAGUUGCAAAGUUUUCUAAGGAAUUCUAGAGCGGAGAGGUAUUAUAAUAACAUGCACGGCCAAAGUCGAUCUCUAACCUCAAGAGAUUUAACCUCGUUUGUUUACCAAGUAGCCAAAGGGAUGGAAUUUCUUUCAACAAAUGGGAUCAUUCACCGGGAUCUGGCAGCCCGCAACGUUCUCAUCACCGAAGACCACAUCUGCAAAGUGGCCGAUUUUGGAUUUGCCAGAGAUAUAAUCGCUAACCACAUUUACGAACGAAAGAGCGAGGGGAGACUGCCGAUAAGGUGGAUGGCACCGGAAUCUCUCUAUGAUAAUAUAUUCACAGUGAAGUCUGAUGUAUGGAGUUUCGGAGUUCUCGUUUGGGAAGUCGUUACACUUGGCAGUACGCCAUAUCCGGGCAUGUCCGCCGUGGACGUCAUGAAGAAAGUUCGAGAUGGAUAUCGUCUUGACAAGCCAGAACAUUGCAGGAGAGAACUAUACAACAUAAUGUACUAUUGCUGGGAUAAAGAUCCUAAGGAGAGACCGUCUUUUACAGAACUUUUAGAACUUUUAGAAAAAUUAUUAAUGACAGAGACCGACUACAUAGAACUAGAAAGGUUUCCGGAUCAUUCGUAUUACAACAUGAUGAGUUUAAGUGGGGAAAAGUUAUAAAACUAUAUUCCGUUCGAAAAAAAGACUGUUUUGAUAAUUUUGUAUUGUGUAUAAGCUGGUAUAUUUUUGUAUAUAUAAUCAUUGUUGUAAUUAUGUAUUUUUAAAAUUUAUGUAAAUUAAUAAA